AUGGUGGUGUGUGUUAAAGAGGCAAAGAAAUUUGAAAGGAAAAUAUUCUCCAAAUACAUCGCGAAAUGCAAGAUGCUUUACGGAUGUUCGAUAACUUUUAUUUACGCAACGACGUCUGCUAUUCUCCUAGGGCCAAUGGUUUCGACUAGCCCAUUUCCAAUGGACAUUGAAUAUCCGUUUAGUAUUAAUAAGACGUCGGUAUACAUUAUCCUGUACAUACAUCAAUUUAUCCUCAUCUGCCAAGGCACUGCGCAUUUAUGUAUGUGCGUGUUUGGCGCCCUCAUGCUAUGGUUCACUGCUGCGAGGUUCGAAUGUCUGGCAGUGGAAUUCCAGAAGAUUGGAGACGUUGAUAUGUUGAUUAUUUGCAUUAAGAAACAAUUGUAUUUGAUGAGAUACGCAGAGGAUGUGACAAGUUGUUUUCGGUUUGUGAUACUCUAUGCUAUAGGAGUGAACACAUUGGCCACGAUUCUUUGCGGCCUCUUACUGAUCACGAAUGCAGCAUCCCUUGUCAAAGCGCAAUUUACAUUGCUUUGUUUCACUGCACUCAUGGAAAUCUUCAUGUACGCUUGGCCAGCUGACUACCUAAUGGAGAUGUUCUUGUCAAAUGCCUUUUCCAUCUUCACAACUUUGCGUGUGGCGGUAAACGGUGAUUGA